AUGCGAAAAACAGCUUCAGCACCGUUAGCAUCUCUGAUGGCUUGCUUGUCUUGUGAAAUUCGGGAAGUUCGGCUGUGGCGAGAAGAUGCUUUCGAAUUGCGGGAGGCACCUGUGAGUAAGUACAUGUCACUGGAAUUAGUCACUUUUAAUACAGCUGUUUUUACACAAGAUUCAUCGGAUCAAAUUAUUCUUUCAUCUAAGCCUAGGAAAUUUUUGCUAGCUUUAAUCAAUUCUACAAAUGGGAAUCUGCCAGACAUCCACAAUAAAGAAAGAAGUCCUGCUCUCUUUUCAGAUGAUGUUGAAACAUAUUUCACUAAUCCAUGGCUGACCCAGUUUCUCCCUGCAGUCGAGAUUCUUGUGUUUGUUCUGGGUGUUCCUUUAAAUGUUUUGGCUAUUCAUAUUUUUGUGAUGAAGACAAAGCUUUGGAAGCCAGCUGUGGUGUAUAUGAUCAAUCUGGCUUUUGCAGAUCUGCUUGUGCUGAGCAUUCUGCCUCUUAAAAUUGCAUACCUCUUUAGGGGACACAACUGGGUCUUUGGGUCUACUAUGUGCCAACUGGUCACUUCUACUUUCAUCUGCAACACGUAUGGCUCCAUUCUGCUGAUGACAGGGAUCAGCAUCGAUCGUUUCUUCGCUUUGGUUUGCCCCAUGAAGUCUCUGUCCUGGCGCACAGCAAGACGUGCCUCUGUGGUCUGUUUUGCCAUCUGGCUGCUCGCCAUAGUGGCGGCGAGCCCAUUGAUGGUCUCUGAUCUCACGCUGUGGAUACCUCAGAUGAACAUUACAACUUGCUUUGAGGCGCAAAACAUUUCUCUUUCUGUGGAAUUCUUCAGUUAUUACUUAUUUGCCUUGUCUACUUUCUUCUUUUUUAUCCCGUUACUAAUCUCUACUGCUUGUUAUAUAUGCAUUAUAAGGAAACUUUUUUUGUCUAGGUUUAUGGUACAGUCAGGGAAGAAGAGACGCGCGAUCUUCUUGUCCGCCGUUGUUUUGUCCACCUUUUUUCUUUGUUUUGGUCCAGCCAAUAUCCUGCUAUUAAUUCAACUCUUUUUUCCGUAUGAACAGCUUCAGAGCAUCUUUUUUGCCCACAUGCUCAGCCUUUCCCUGAGUGUCCUCAACUGUUGCCUUGACCCCUUAAUCUACUAUUACGCCUCCUCAGAAUGUCAGAGGCAGGUCUGGAGUCUUUUGUGCCCCAGAAAGCUGCUUCUGGAUGGAAAAUGUAGUCAAACAAGCUGA